AUGGCCACAGGCAGUAACACCUCGGGGUAUCUGCCUGGGCUGGGCCUGGCUUGCAGGCUAGAGGCGGCCGAGGCAGCAGCGGGAGGAGCGAGCCCCGAGUCCCCCCUGGAGCGCGGCGCGGGCGGCGGGGGGCCUGAGCAGCCGCCGCCGCCACCGGAGCUGGACGCCGAGCGCGAUGGCGGCCCCGAGCAAGCCCAGACCAGCUACCGCGACCUGUGGAACCUGCGCGCCUCGCUCGAGCUGCACGCGGCCGCCUCGGACCACAGCAGCAGCGGCAACGACCGCGACUCGGUGCGGAGCGGCGACAGCUCGGGCUCGGGCUCCGGGGGCGGGGCGCCCGCCUUCCCGCCGCCCUCCCCGCCCGCGCCCCGACCCAAGGACGGCGAGGCGCGCCGGCUGCUGCAGAUGGACAGCGGCUACGCCAGCAUCGAGGGCCGCGGCGCCGGCGACGACCCCGAGCCGCCCGCCCCGCCCCGCAGCCCGCGCGCCUGGCCCCGCCGCCCGCGCCGCGACUACAGCAUCGACGAGAAGACGGACGCGCUGUUCCACGAGUUCCUGCGCCACGACCCGCACUUCGACGACGCGCCAGCCGCCGCGCGCCACCGCGCACGCGCACACCCGCACGCCCGCAAGCAGUGGCAGCGCGGCCGGCAGCACAGCGACCCCGGCGCCCGGGCCGUCCCGCCCCCCGUCCCGCCCGCCGGCGCGGCCCGGCCCGCGCGUGCGCCCCUACGCCGCGGCGACAGCGUGGACGGCCCGCCCGACGGCCGCGGCCCGGGCGGCGCCGUCGACGACCCCGCUAUCCCCGUCAUCGAGGAGGAGCCGGGCGGCGGGGGCUGCCCCGGGUCCGGCCUGUGCGUCGCGCCCCCGGGGGCGCUGCUGGACAAGCUGGCGGCCGGCCUGGACGAGAGACUCUUUCCGCCGCGCCUCGCCGAGCCCGUCGUGGCGGCUCCCGCCUUGGUCGCCGCCGCCCCCACGUCCCCCCACCACAGCCCGGCCUAAGUCCCGCGUCCUGGGCCCACCUCUCUGGCAGCUUCUCCGGCGCCGCGCGGGGCCUCGGCGGCAGGAGAGACGCGGGGACGCGACGCCCCGACGCG